GCCACCCCCUGACUGGCUGACGGUCGAAGUUAGCGCGCUGUCACGACGGAGCACAUUCUGAGUUUAGGGCUCAGAUUUUAUUUUUGGACUGCCAUGGAGACUGGCCCUUCCAUUUGUAGGAAGGGGGUAUAGUUGCGCUCAACAUGAGCCUUCCGCUCUGAAACUCCGGGCUGGGACAAGCAGGCAGCAGCCGGCCGACCCCCAAGCAGCAGUCACACAGGGGACUCCCCUGUCCAGCGUGUUUGUCAACGGUAGUAAGCAUUACCUGGGGGUUAAACUGCUCAUGGCUGCCAGUUAUAGCAAUGUCCCUGAACCAGGCCUGCUGUCCCAGCAGUACCCUCCAGCUCUACUGCCCAAGCCUGGCAAGGAAAAUGUUAGACUCCAGAAACUACUCAAGAAAACGGAGAAAAAAAUCAAGAAAAAAGCUUCCCCUGAAAUGGCAAAGACACCGGUCCCUUUCCGCUCAAACCUCUCCCCUGUGAAUGAAGCAAGCCCUGACUUGGAGCACAGUGACCACUCAACCCCUCCUAAAACCCCAGAGGCACCCUUCAACACACAGCACCCCAGAUUUGCUGUCAGGCCAGCCUAUCGGCAUGUGCCAUCCCCUUACCCGCAACAACAAGGAGCCACUUUUGGUGGUACUACAAGGUUCUCCCCAAAGCCAUAUGCUGCUCAAGCCCCCACCUUCCCCCAGCAUGUAGCCCCACUCUACACAUUUACUCCAACAGCCCCAUCACCCAUUCCAGGGCCAGUCUCGCAUGCAGUGGCACCCACAACGCCUGUGCCAACUUCCUCUGUGCCUGAAGUGACAAUGACAGCUGCUGCUCAAAUUGCUCCUCCAGUCCCUGCUCCAGUUGCUCUUGUCACAAUCACUUCUGCUGCCACACAACCUACUCUGCGACUAGCCCCAGUAGUAAUACACCGCAAAAGUCCAAGUCCACGGUUUAAAGCUACCGAAGCUACACUAAAAGCACCCAAACCAAUGUUUGAUGUCCGUCAAAUUCGGGUAUAUACUGCAUCUAAGUCCCCCCUGCAUGAUUACACUGGAAAGACAUUUACUGCAGACACAUUACCUCGGAGUAGAACACCCACAUCAGACAUCAGAAGGGUAAUAACACCAACAGCUGAAAUCAGAAGGAGUGCAACACCGGCAUCUGAAGUGAAAAGCAAUUUAACUUCGACAUCAGAAAUCAAAAGGGUUGCAAUGUCUAAAAUGAAUUCAGGUACAACGCUGACAUCGGAAAUCAAAAGAAGUUUAACACCGACACCUGACGUCAAAAGGAGUGCAACACCUACAUCUGGGGUAAAAAGAGGUUUAACAUCCAGACCUGAAAUCCAAAGGAGUGCAACGCCUACAUCUGAAGUGAAAAGAGCUAAAACGCCAACUCAUGACUUUUUAACACCAAGAACUAAUUUAGGUCGACCUAAGACACCCUCAUAUCAUGUGUCCCGUGCCAAAACACCUGUUAUUGAAAUAUCAAGACCCAACCCACUUUUAUUUGCUGUCUCACCAAUUACUAUAGAUGCACAUAGAUCUAAAACACCAACUCCUGGUUCUAAUUCUGCCAAUCCAUAUUUGUCUGGUUCUCAAAAUCUGCCAACGUCUGAGCCUUCAAAAUCACCAUCAACUACUCAGGGUGCAAGAACUCCGAAUGGGGAAGUGACAUCAAAAGAGACUCCUACAGCUAAAUCACCUCCUGAAAACACUUCAAAACCAGAGGCUCCUCAACAAAAAGUUCCAAUAGUUGAGUCUACCAGACCAAAGACCCCUACAGCUUCAUUAGGCUAUCAAAGACCAAAGACCCCAACAAAUGUCACACCAACUCCUACAGCACCCUCGUAUCAAAGACCCAAGACUCUAACCAAAGAAACACUAAAGCCUACAGCACUCUCAUAUGGGUACCAAAGACCCAAUACUCCAACAAUUAUCACACCAAAGCCUACUGCACCCUCCUAUCAAAGACCCAAGACUCCAACAAAAAAACCACUAGAGCCUACAGAACACUCAUAUGGGUACCAAAGACCCAAGACUCCAACCAAAGAAACAUCAAAAUCUACAGCACCCUCAGAUGGGUAUCAAAGGCCCAAGACUCCAACCAAUGAGACACCAAAGCCUACUGCACCAUCAUAUGGAUAUCAAAUGCCCAAGACACCCUCGAAUGAAGAGCCUAAACCUAUGACUCCAACAAUCGGGUAUCAAAGGUCAACAACACCAGUAGUUGUGUAUCAAAGACCACAACCACCAGCAGGUUAUCAAAGACCAAAGACUCCCACAGCUGGGGUAUCAUCCAUAGGAUUUCAAAGGCCCAAUACACCAACAUAUGUGGCCCCUAAACCAACCCAUACAUAUUAUGGGUUGACUCCUGCUGCAUAUGUUGCCCAUGGUGGAAUCCAACGUUUCUCACCUUCAUUCGGCAUAUCCAGGUCUAAGACACCGACUCUAGAUGAAUCUAAAACCACAACGCAAGAGUUGGAAGCAUCUAAAAUACCUACCCAAGAGUUACUUGUAAAAACACAUCCUUUGCCCAUGGUGUCCAACCAGGAAGCAUCCUCCAAAGAAAAAAUCACUUUAAAUGAGGCCAUAAUAUCCACGACUCCAGCAGUAAAGCUUCUGCUUCCAAUCAUUGUUGUUACACAAGCUGAAGAUGUCUCAGAACCAAGCGUUUCCACAGCUGUGACCAGCAAAAUGGCAACUCCUGUUCCAGAAACACCAAAGGUUAAAACUAUGGCCAACACAAGACCAUGGGCUAAAUCUCCAACACUUGAGUUUAAGAAACCAGAGGUUAAAAUCCCAACUUAUGGAGUCAUCCCAAAACCCAAGACACCCACCACAGAAACCCAACACCCCGUGCCUUCUGCUGGAAACAAAGAUGCCAGCAAGACAAUACCUCCUGUCUCAAAAACAGAAUCUCCUGUGGCUAAAGCCAGGGUACAACAAAAAGAGUUAAAGGAAUCACCAGAGCCUAAAACGCCCACCAAAGCAACCUCUGAGUCUAAACCAGGAGGGACAAAGCCGACUACUUCUUCUCCACUUGGAAAGACCUCAGCUCCUGAGAAGCCUUCGGUGGCUGUUCAGUCUCCGGCUAAACCAAAGGAUAACCAGGAAGCCCAACCUGAAAAGGCGGUAUCAGCUCCAACCGCAGCAUCAACAGAGAAGGAAGAGGGAAAAGACUCUUUUCCAGCAGCUGCACCUCUUCUUAAAGUGAUCCAAAAGCCAAAGGGCAUGAUGAAGUCUAAACUUAGUGGUUGGUCACGGCUCAAGAAGCAUAUGGUGGUGGAAGAAGAACCACCUACGUUCCCAGAAUCAAAUCCUAUGAAAGACACCGCAAAGGGAACUGAGCAGGAGGGAGGUGAAGCGAAAAAGGAUGAAACGGUGUCAUUUAAAGACAUGGUGGCAGCUGUAACAGCUGACGAUCCUCCCAAGGCAGCUAAGAAGUGGGAUUCUCUUCUCUUUGAUAUGUUCUCCUCUAAAGAGAAGAUUAUGCAGGUGAUUGAAGCUAGCAAAAGUGAGGAGGAGAAAAAAGAGCAGCCAAAGGAUGGACCAAAAGAAAUUCCAUCCUUCGCCCAUCGUCUGCCUGUCCUCCUUUUCAGCCCAAAGUUUGAUGCCAAAAGGCUAAGAGAGGCUGCAUCAAGGCCACUUACAAAAAUUUCGACAGUGUUUGAGAUGGGUCUCAUAGGGCGUAAAAAUAAAGAUGAGGAACCAAAAGACUUUAACAGAACAGCUAGAGGGUUCACUUGUCCAUAAACCAUGUCUCUUUGGACUGGUAAAGAUGAAACAGAAGAACCUUUUGAAAAAUUCUGUUACAAUUUCUUUGUGUACAGGUGUAGAAAUAGUAGUCAUAAUGUACAGGUCCUGUGUAAUAGUCUCUCUGCUUGACACAGGGUACAAUAUUUAAGACGGUCUCAUAGAGAAUGUGGUCUGAACUUUAUACUUGAGCACUGAUUGUUCUGUUGUCUGACUACGUUACGGAUGUGUCUGAAUGACUCUUUCUCUGACAGUAUGAAAAUAUUACCUUGAAAAUCAGAGCAUAAGGAAAAAUAUAUUUUUGUCUUAAAGGAAUUCAGACAUCUCGUGAGAUUAAAAUGUACAAAGAUUAAGUAAAUCUCAGAGCUUCUUUUUUGUCCACUGUUAAACCAUGAUAGGAGAAUUAAUUACUUUUUCAGACCUCCUCACAUCUUUUUUUCAAAAGUGGUCCUGAGACUGUAGUGUAAUGUAUGUAGGUACACCACUUACUGAAAACUAGACUGUACAGUAUAUUGAUGCAGGAUUUGGUUAUCUGGAGAAAUUUGACUCCAGGAGAUUCAGAGUAAUGUAAACAAAUAAGGAUGAAAAAUGGAGGAGAGGAUGAAAGUAGAAGGAGUGUAUAUUUCUCCAAAUGGUGCUAUUUCCGUACGUUUUUCAAAUACACCUUAGAUAUUCAGGCGCUUCUUAGAAGUUAGAAUGUUUGAUUACACUGCAUAUGCUAAUGCCAGCUUUGCCAUCUUCCUUUUUAGGAGUACAGGUCAGUGAGAGUGUUUUUUGAGAACUUGGGUUGCUAACUCCUGGGGGAUGAGGCAACUAUAUGAAGGAAGUGUUUUGACUGUUGGCAUGGAUGGAUGAGGGGUCAGGGGGAGGCCUUGUGGGAUAUGGAGGCAAGUGAUGAUAAAUGCGAAGAAAAAUGUAUACAGUAAGUACUUAGGGCAGAUUCCUAAUUUGAGAUCGUCGAAUUUCCCAUUGACAUCAAUGCAGGAUUAACGUGAAAGUUAAAUUUAGCAUGUUUCACAGAGUUUUCAAAUAUGCAGCUUUCAAACGAGGGACCCAGAAGAGUCAAGAGCUGAGAGUGGCAUUUGACCUUAAGGUUCUCUAGGUUCGUCAGCUUGUUAUUGAUGCUUUACGUUUGUGUUUCAUGCAUGGACUAUAUAAAAAGAUUAAUAAGAACAUUGUCUCCUAUUGACAGAGUGAUGUUCAACCGUUUUGCAAUCUGAUGUUUAUCUGUAUGUGUACAGUAAAUGUUAUUUUCUAUAUAUUUUUGAUAAAAGAGAAAAUAAAAAAAACUUGAAUAGGAAAAUGCUGAUUUUGGUUUAUGUUUGACAUAGAAAGUUCAUCUUGAACUACAGAAUGAAAUAGAGAAAAUGUAUUCUGUAGUGAAGAUAAUGGGCAGAGCAAGGUCAAGGGCAAAGUUAUUGCACUUUUGGUGUUUGAUAGAAGUAAUUAUUGAAUUGUAGCUGGUAUUGUGUCUGUAAUUGUUGGUUUUUAUCUGCAGGACCAGCAGAAUAAAAAUUUGUUUUUUGCCUAAGAAAAUAUGAGUUAUU